GAGUAAAUACGCCAGCUUUCUGCGGCGGAAACGAAACCAAACUGCACAGCAAGGUAGCUGAAAUUGAUUGAAAGAACAACAAAAACGGAAAGGUGGUUGAGCAUCCACCAAGUUGGCAUCAAGUGGGAGAACCUAGCGAAGAGAAAUCCUGUUUGUGACGAGAAAUCCUGCGAAAUCAAGGCAAACGUUUGAUGUUCAGCCGCGCGAAGACGCCGACGUGGCAGCAAAACAACCAAAAGAGAGCAAGCAGAAGACCCAAAACCCACUCCCGCAACCUGUAACCCACUCCAUCGCCCAAUCUCAAGGACCUAUUCAAAUAAGCGGCGACCACCAUGUCACAAACCCAAUUCGAUUCCGCCACAGAAAGUGUCGAUGGGCCGCCAGAAAACUUUAACAACGAUGAGCCCCGAGUCGUCUGGCUAAAGACGAUUAUAUCAAACACGUUGGGAGUCUUCGAUCCCAAGUAUGUUAAUGCCACUCUCAACAAAAAUAUGCCCGCCGUGGAUGACUUCUUCCGGCGGCGCUACGAAUCUCAAACCGAUCUGGAAUAUGUAGUACUGUUCGUGUGGCGAACUUUCUACGACAAACUCAUCGAGGAGGAGAUCACUGUCCUUGAAGAGGUGCCUCGUCCACCUCCUACUGUUCCCGACAAAAAGGGCAAGGGCAAGAAGAAGGGUGAUGCCAGGAUGGCAGGUGGAAAGUCUGCCGGCAAAGCGGGUGGAGCCGCUGGAGCAGCCGGAAAAGGGCGUAAGAAAGCUGGACAGGACCCUCCAACCGCUGGCGAAAAUCAAGAGCACGUCGAAGAGGUCAACACAGGUGGGGAGACCACAGAUGCCGAAGUCGAAGGAGAGAUGGAAGGUGAAGAGGAGGCAACGGUAGCUGGCAGUGGCAAGAGCUCAGCUCGAUCUCGUCCCAGCUCUGAUACGGAAAACGGAACCAAGAAGAAGAAGAAGCCCAGCUAUGUACCUGUCUACGUGGAAGUGAAGAAACUGGUUCCGGCGUACGUCAAGACCCCGCAAGUGCACUGCCAUUUUGGAAGGAUGGAGUCCGAGGACUUGGACCCUAAAAUAAAAUACAUAUACAUAGUGCGGAAGAACAGAAGGGAGAUUCCCUGGUUCAAUGAGGUAAAUUCCUGCUUUGCCCAAAUGCCGCUGUACUUCCUGAUAGGAACUGUCCGGGGGUCACUUAUCAACUCGCUGAGAGAUGACUUGAACCUGGUUUACAAGAGCGCCAUUCAAUUUCAAUUUCGCGAACCGUCCACAGCGGAUAGCCAGCAAAUGGACAGUUAUGAGGGGCAGGCCGGUGGAUCUGGAGGAGGAGCGGGCGAUGCCGGCGAGGAUAUAUCCAGCGAGGCCAAGGAAUCGGGCCCGGGUCUAUUGGAGCUAUCCAAACCAUCGGAAUUUCGUUUGAGAGCGCUUAAACAACAAAAGAAGAAGAAAGAAAUGGAGGCAGCGGCCAAGAAGGCGAAGGCCAAGAAACCUGAUGGGGAACCCACGGAGGAAGAUGAUGAAGGCGACGCCCACAAAAUCGAAGCCCAUCUGUCAUCCUCCGAGGAAGAGGUGGAAGUAAAGGUCGAGAAGCUGACGAUCGCCCAGCGUUGGGAGAAGAUGCUCAGUGAGACGAAGGCCAAGGUGGAGGCUGAACAUGCUGCCGAGGAAGCCACGCCCCCACGAAUCACACCCAUCCAGAGGCGGCUACUCAAGGAGAUCGAGGAGUUCCAGAGUGAAAUCACAUGGACCAUCAAUCACAUAGUCUGGGCCUUCAGUCUGCCUUCAUCCUACAUACUUCCAGGUCAGGAGGAGACCGAAUUCGAGGAUGCCAUCAUUCGUGUUCCUGUUGAUCCUAAAAGACUGGACCUGGUGAUCACCUAUAGUCAACAACAACUGGAGGAAGUUGUCGACGGUUGGAUUAAGUAUCUCAAGAGGACAAUGAAGACUUUGACCGAUGCCAAGCUGGACGAUUUCACGCCAAUGGCCGAACACCGCUAUUGGCACAAAAUGGAGGUCGAGCUCUACGGAACUUUGGAGCAGCUGAAAACUGAAUUCGUGGUGGCUGUGCUUCAGCGUUUGGCUGAUGAUAAGUCACCAGUUCUGGUUGAGUGGCACAAUGUUCUGGAAAAGACACAGGCCCGCUUCAAGUUGGCCAAGGAAAAUUCGGACUACUUAGGAACCAUAAUUGAUUAUCUGGAGAAAGUACGAAGCUAUGAUAGCUUCAAGAUGGUGGUGCUCCAGAUCCCCAACAUAAUGGUUGGACUGCGCCACAUUUGGACCAUGUCCAGCCAUUUUUGCCGUGAUCCCGAGAUGCAGGUGCUGCUCUGCCAGAUCUCGAAUGUGUUCGUCCAAAAGGUGAAGAGCAUCAUCAACUUUGAGAACAUAUUCAAGUUCUCGGCGACUUACACCUACGAAACCGCCACCAACUGUGCCAAUUUACUGCGCUGCUGGAAGCAGGCUUACAAGCUCAGUCGCCAGCACAUCGAAGAUUCCGGAGCCGGAUCCCGCUGGGAAUUCGACCGAGUUGCGCUCUUUAACGAGGUUAAUCACAUCCAUCGCGUGGCAGUGGACAUUGCCUAUGUUGGUCGUGUGUUCGUCCAGUACGAAAAUCUAUUCGGCCAUCGAUUGAAAGCCUGCAUAGCGGACCCCUCAAUUGUGGACAACCUGAUGCGAAAGGUAUAUAGAAUGCUGGACGAUCUUAUCAAGACCGUGGACUACGACAUGUUCAGGCCUGGAAAUUGGGAGAACUGGGAGUACUCGCUGGAGAUGUUCAACAAGCGGCUGGAAAUGGUGGAGAUCGAAGCCAAGAAUGUUAUCGACCAGAGCAUCAACUCGCUGUUGUCCUCCGAAAAGGGUCUAGAUCUGGUCGUCAAUGCCAUGAAUAUUGAUACCAGAGAAACUCUCCAGGAAUUUGUAUCAACCAAACACGAGAAUCUUUUGCGCUUCUUUGUUACUGAAAUAAAUGCCGUGGAACGGGUUUUUACGAAAUUAAAAAAAUCACCGCCCAUGGCCAAGCACCAACCGGCGAAAAUAAGUGCCAUCUUCUGGGCACGUUUACUCGGCAAGAAGCUAAAGACUUCGGUGCUAGCAUUUAAAAGGGUUGAGGACGAGCCUGCGAUCAAGAACAGCUUUCUGAAGCGCAGCUCUUUCAAGCAAUAUUUCGAGCUUAUGACAGUGCUGUUCCAGUUUGAGAAGGUGCUCUUCGAGAACUUCAUACAGAAUGCCACGUACUUGGUGAACACCACAAAUCGUUCUAAUGUAUUGACAAUUCGCGUUUGCAAAGAAGCUACAAUGUCCUAUAUUUCGGAAGCUGUCCAAACCCUUAAAUCAAAGCCCCGAGUGGAAUUGCAGCUGAGCGGUGGUGAACGGCGCGAGACAUCCAUAAAGUCGACCCUAAUGCCCGUACAAUCGGAAGCUUUUAGCACUUAUAGCGUCGCCGAAUCGGGAGGAACGGAAAUCAGUUCGGAGUCGGAGGAUGAUGGUGACCUGGUGGGCGACACAUCACAGAAAAAGCUGAUGUGCCGCAUCAAUAGACUGACCGUCCUGGUGGCCAUGAUCAUGUGGAUGGUCAGUAAUACGCGAAAGGCCAAUGUACAACUUCAAGAGUGCUCAGCAUUCGUCAAAAUGGUGAAAGAAAAGAAGCCAAAAGACGUUACGGCGAUGGACAAGCACUGUGUGAGGACCUGUGAAUUGAUGCAGCGCGCGGCGUCUCAGUAUCUGCUGCCCAUUUGGCGUGAACUGGUGGGUGAUAAAACUCUCAUCGAGUUUGACAUGGAUUUCGUGGUCAAUCUGAAGAGAGAGAUCUUUGAUGUCUUGUUUGAGGCUCAACAGUUUGAACACCUCGGCUUCACUCUGCCUGCGGUUUUACGUACGGCGAUCAUGAAAAAGGAUCUGCUCUUCAAGGACUAUGAAAGGGUGAGCGAGGUGGUCGACAGGUAUAGGGCGAUCAUCAACAAUCUUUCAAUGUCCGAGGUGAUCUUUCUGCGAGGGCACAUCUACGACACGGAACUGUUUAUUCAAAUGGGCGUGGGUCGUUAUACGUGGACCUCCUUCAAUAUUGGCAAAUUCUGCGAUCAAAUCAACUCACAAUUGCGCAAACUUACCUCUAUUGUGUCGCAAAUCGAUUUUAUUCGCCUGGAUCUGCGCUCUCGCAUCGAUAGUAUAAAAAGCUUUAAUCUGUUUAACAUUGACGAAGAACUCAAAGGUGCCAGAGAUUCUUCGAUGACUGGAAGUGAUCGAUCAUCCAUCUUAACCGACCGAAGGUCCCAGAGGUUCAAAUCAGCCACAGGUGAAACUAUUACAAUGUUUAAGGUGGAAAAAGAGGAUGCUGCGUUAGAAAAAGCGGAGCAAAUCUGUGGCUCCGGCAUAUAUCCUUGCCAAGGCUAUUUUGAACUUCUGGAGGCUUCGCGUAAUAAAAAGGCGGCUCAGAUGAAGAAGCUAUACGACUCCCUGGGUCCUGUGCUGGUCAAGCUGGAAAGCUUGGUAUUGGGCACAUUUUCCGGGAGAUCAGAUCGUAUGAAGACCUACUAUGAGUACUGGGAAGAGGAGACAUUUAAGUGCAUUGUUGACAUGACAUAUCAGAAUCUUAAGUGCUACAUCAACCGUCUACUCUCGAGUAAACCCAUGUUCGAGGUCAAUGCUGUGCUUCUUAUGUCAGAGAUUGUUCUGGAGCCUUCGGUCCAGGAGCUGCAAAAUACCAUUGUUACAGCCACUAAGGACUACAUCUCAAGGCUACGUAUAUUUACGCGUUGGAUGACUGGGACUUGCAUCGCCUGCCCACUCGUGGAACAGGGCAAGCCGUUCAAGUAUAACUACACCUAUUAUGAGGACAUCAUCCAGAUAAGAUCCAUUGUGGACCUGGUCAUAAACAUACACGAUUUGGCUGUAAGAGUUGCCAACGAAGCCAGGACCUUUGUAGCGCAAUUCCGCAAGUACUUCAAUCUGUGGGCCUUUGAAAAGAGCUUCAUUUGCCAGAAGUUCUUGGAGAAGCAGGUGACGCUCAUCGAAAUCGAUGAGAAAUUUACAUUUUACUCGUCCAUUGUGGAAACGCUGGCCAACACCCGCAAGUACCAGGACAUCAAGUGUGUGCGCAUAAAUUUGCAGCCAUUGCUGGAUAGCAUAACGCAACAUGCCAAGGAUUGGUGCACCACACUGGGUGAGGAGCUGUUGCGUCAUGUCAACGAGAACAUGAGGGCAAUGCGUAACGAAAUCAAAACCCUCAGCCUGAAUCUCAACAAGACCACACGCGAGCUGGAGGACUUCAAGCUGGUCAUGACCACGAUUGGUACGGUGCAGUCGACGACGUUGUCUAACGAGCAGAAAAUCCACGAAAUGCAAGAAACCUUCACCAUUCUCAGCGAGCACAAAAUUAUGUUCCCCUACGAGGACAUGCUGAUGGCCCAUCACCUGGAGAAGCGCUGGAAGAGGCUGUUCCUAUCGGCCCUGUAUCGCUAUGAGAAGCUGCAACCAAUUAAGCAGAAAUUCGCCGACAUGACUUCCGUCGAAAUCGAUGAGUUCUGCGAUGAUUUGGCAGAAUUUAUCAAGGAUUACGAUGAGAACGGACCGGGUUCUGUGGGUGCCGAACUGGAGCGAGGAGUGCGCCUAAUGGAUCCGUACGGCCAGAAAAUCGAGGUACGAGAACGGCGACGAGAGGAGUUGGCCAAUGCGGAGCGACUCUUCGAUAUGGCCAUGGUCGACUAUCAUGAGUUUGCGCGGGUUCAAACAGAGUUUGAGGGACUGCAGCAGCUGUACAAACUGUAUAAGGCACAGAAAUUUGCUCGCGAAGGAUGGGGCAAGACCUUGUGGGCCGAUCUGGAUCCCAACGUACUGACCGAGGGCGUUGAGAGCUAUCUGAAGGAGUUCCGGAAAUUAACCAAGGCGGUGCGCACUUUGCCAGUUGGCGUCCAACUGGAGAUUCACAUGAAACAGUUCAAGGGCACAGUACCGCUGAUGGUUAGCCUCAAACACGAGGCUUUAAGGGAACGACAUUGGCUGCAGUUGAUGGAAAAGACGGGACAAUAUUUCGACAUGUCCCCGGCUAGAUUUACACUGGAGAAUAUGUUCGCCAUGCAACUGCACAAGUACCAGGAGAUUGCUGAGCAAAUUCUUACCAAUGCCAUCAAGGAACUGCAAAUCGAACGAGGUGUCCAGGCUGUCAUUGAGACCUGGGCGACGAUGUCCUUCAAGACCUUCAAACACUUCAAGGGAUCGGAGGACCGUGGGUGGGUUUUGGGUCCUGUAGAUGAGAUCAUGCAGAUACUCGAGGACAAUGCAAUGAACCUUCAGUCCAUGGGAGCCAGUCAAUUCAUUGGCCCCUUUCUGGAGACGGUGAACAAAUGGGAGCGGACCUUGGCCUUAAUCUCGGAGAUCAUCGACGAGUGGUUGGUGGUGCAGCGCAAGUGGCUGUACCUAGAGGGAAUAUUCAUUGGAGGCGAUAUUCGCACCCAGCUUCCUGAGGAAGCGCGGAAAUUCGAUGACAUUGACAAGUCGUAUCGCAGGAUCAUGGUCGAUUGUGCCAAAAAUCCGUUAGUGGUGCCAUUCUGUACAAUACCCGGUCGCUUAGUAGAAAUACAGGGCCUGGGCAUUGGCUUGGAAAAUUGUCAGAAGUCGUUAAACGAAUAUUUGGACUCGAAGCGUCGCAUUUUUCCGCGUUUCUAUUUCAUAUCCACCGAUGAGCUGCUCUCAAUCCUGGGCAGCAGUGAGCCAUCUGCAGUGCAGAACCACAUCAUUAAGAUGUACGACAAUAUCAAGUCGCUGCGCUUGGUCAAGGAGGGAAGCCAGACGAUUGUUACCGGCAUGAUUUCCAGCGAGGGCGAGGUCAUGGAGUUCCGGCAUUCCGCCAGGGCAGCAGGACGCGUCGAGUACUGGAUGAACGAUGUCCUGGAUGAAAUGCGCCGCUCCAACCGCUUCAUAAACAAGACGGCCAUCUACGACUUUGGCACAGAUCUGCAAAUUUCAAGGCCCGACUGGCUAAUGAACUACCAGGGAAUGGUGGGACUGGCGGCGAGUCAAGUCUGGUGGACCGCCGAAGUGGAGGAAGCCUUCGACCAGGCCCAAAAUCACGGCAACAUGCGAGCCAUGAAGGAUUUCCUGGGCAAGAAUAACUACCAAAUUGAAGAGCUGGUCCUUAAAGUGCGCUCCAAUCUUUCCCGUAAUGAUCGCCUGAAGUUUAAGGCUCAGUGCACAGUGGAUGUCCAUGCGAGGGAUAUCAUAGAUAAUUUUGUGAGGGACAAUGUCCUGGAUGCCAGUGAAUUCAGUUGGGAAAGUCAGCUGCGUUUCUACUGGGUAAAGUUCUACGACAACCUGCAUGUGCUUCAGUGCUCUGGAAGCUUCGACUUUGGCUACGAAUACAUGGGUCUCAAUGGUCGCCUGGUUAUUACUCCCCUUACGGAUCGUAUUUACCUGACCAUCACCCAAGCUCUGCUCAUGAAUCUUGGUGGAGCUCCGGCAGGACCAGCUGGAACGGGAAAAACUGAAACUGUCAAGGAUCUGGCCAAGGCCAUGGGUCUUCUCUGUGUGGUCACCAAUUGCGGAGAGGGUAUGGAUUACCGUGCUGUAGGCACUAUACUCUCUGGCUUGGUCCAGUGCGGUGCUUGGGGCUGCUUCGACGAGUUCAAUCGAAUCGACAUCUCGGUACUCAGUGUGAUAUCCACCCAGUUGCAGACCAUAAGAAACGGUCUAAUAAGAAAACUAGAUCGUUUUGUGUUUGAGGGUGUAGAGAUCCAUCUAGAUCCCAAGUGCGGCGUGUUUGUGACCAUGAAUCCAGGCUACGCUGGCCGCACGGAGCUGCCCGAGUCCGUGAAGGCUCUGUUCCGUCCAGUGACCUGUAUCAAACCCGAUCUAGAGUUGAUCUGCUUGAUCUCCCUGUUCUCUGAUGGAUUCUUGACUGCCAAAGUACUGGCCAAGAAGAUGACUGUUUUGUAUUCCCUGGCACAGGCUCAGCUGUCCAAGCAGUGCCAUUACGAUUGGGGCUUGAGAUCCCUCAACUCAGUGCUGCGAAUGGCUGGAGUGAUGAAACGACAGUCAGAGGAUCUGCCAGAAGCAGUGGUUCUAAUGCGAGUGCUGCGUGAUAUGAACUUCCCCAAAUUCGUUUUCGAGGAUGUGCCAUUAUUUUUGGGACUUAUCAAGGAUCUGUUCCCGGGAAUCGAUUGUCCACGCAUCGGUUAUCCGGACUUUAAUGCCGCCGUGCGUCAUGUCCUGGUCAACGAUGGCUACAUACUGCUGGCCGAUCAGGAGGACAAAGUGGUGCAAAUGUACGAGACCAUGAUGACCCGGCACUCGACAAUGUUGGUGGGCCCAACAGGUGGCGGGAAAACUGUCGUCAUAAAUGCUCUGGUCAAGGCGCAGACCCACAUGGGCCUGCCCACCAAGUGCCUUGUGCUUAACCCCAAGGCCUGUUCUGUGAUUGAAUUAUACGGCUUUUUGGAUAUGGAAACGAGGGAUUGGAUUGAUGGAUUGUUUUCAAAUAUAUUCCGUGAAAUGAAUAAGCCCAUCGAGCGUGAGGAGCGACGCUACGCCUGCUUCGAUGGAGAUGUGGAUGCCCUGUGGAUCGAAAACAUGAACUCGGUGAUGGAUGAUAACAAGCUGCUGACUCUUGCGAACGGCGAGCGCAUCCGUCUGGAGAACUACUGUGCCCUGCUCUUCGAAGUGGGUAACCUGAACUAUGCCUCCCCAGCUACAGUCUCCCGUGCAGGAAUGGUGUACGUGGAUCCGAAGAAUCUGCGCUACAGUCCUUAUUGGCAGCGAUGGGUUCUAACCCGACCCGAGGCUCAGCGGGAACUCCUCAACGACUUCUUUGAAAAGAUCAUCACGCAGACCAUAGCCUUCAUUCUGGAGGGUCUAGAUGGUACUACACAAGGCAAUCCCCUGAAGCUAGUCAUUAUGCAGACUGACCUCAACAUGGUCACGCAGUUCUGUAACCUCUACGACGCCUUGUUACCCAACUUUGUAAUGGAUAGUAAGAACUAUGAUGAGCCAGUGGCACAGACCUACAACACAGACAGUCUGGAGUGCUGUUUCCUGCAGGCUGUUUACGGCUCCAUGGGUGCUUGUCUAGUGGAAAAACAUCAGCCCGUUUUCGAUGAGUAUAUGAAACGAAUUUCUGGAUUCCCACUGGUGGCUGACACGCCGGAGAAUCCUGCCUCUGGGGGACAGUUUCCACAGUGCAAGCCCACACUGUAUGACUACUUUUGGGACGUCAAGGACAACUGUUGGAAGGCCUGGGAAUGGGUGGUGCAGCCCUAUUCGCACGACCCUCAGGUGAAGUUCAGCGAGAUCCUGGUACCCACGGUGGACAACACGCGAACCAAUCGGGCCCUUAGCUUGAUGAGUGAGAUCAAACGACCCGUUCUGCUUGUGGGCGAGGCUGGUACAUCAAAGACGGCUACCAUCAUGCAAUAUUUGCGCAAUCUCAAUCCGAGUGUCAACGUCAUACUCAAUAUUAAUUUUUCAUCGAGAACCUCCUCGCUGGAUGUGCAGCACACCCUGGAGGCGGCCGUGGAGAAACGCACCAAGGAUACGUACGGGCCACCGAUGGGCAAGAGAAUUGCCUGCUUUAUUGAUGACAUGAACAUGCCGCAGGUGGAUGAAUAUGGCACCCAGCAGCCAAUUGCCUUACUAAAGCUAUUCUUCGAACGCGGCGGAAUGUACGACCGCGACAAGGAUCUUAACUGGAAGAAGUUUAAGGACCUCACCUUCUACGCAGCCAUGGGAACGGCGGGUGGCGGACGAAACGAAGUGGAUCCGCGGUUUAUCAGCAUGUUCUCCACCUAUAAUAUUGUAUUCCCCAACGAUGAAUCCCUCAUCCAGAUCUACUCCUCCAUCUUUAAGGGCCACAUGCAAUUUGUAAAGUUCCAAGAUCGCUAUAUGCCCAUAGCGGACAUGAUUGUCCAUAUGACAUUAAAACUUUUCAAGAUGGUGAUUGUGGAACUGCCGCCGACCCCCUCCAAGUUCCACUACAUUUUUAAUCUGAAGGAUCUGUCUCGCAUCUUCGCGGGAAUGCUGCUGAUCGAACCCACUUGCUUCAAGAGCCUGAGGGACUUGAUCAGGGUUUGGCGAAAUGAGUACACUAGGAUCAUAUGCGAUCGUCUGAUAGCCGACAACGACAUCACGAAUGUGCGACGUAGUCUUGCCGCGGAGGUAGCCGAACGUUUUCCACCCUCCUUUGAGGAAGAACAUGGGUUCAUUGAUGCAGCAGCAGCCGAGGCUGAGGCACAGGCUCGCCUGCUCUACGAGCCAUCCAAGGCGGACUUAGACUUCGGAGAGGAAGAGGGUGAAGAAGAAGAAGAGGGAGAGGGGGAGGCCCCCCAGGUGAUAUUAUCGCUCAAGGACUAUGUCCUGCGUGAUCCGCUGCUCUUUGGAGAUUUUAGAAACUUCACUAAUGAAUCGGAGGCCCGGUUGUACGAGGAUCUGCUAGACUACAACUCCGUUUACUUCCUAUUCACGGAGAUCCUUGACGAAUACUGUGAACGCAAGCAAAAGAUGACACUGGUCCUCUUUGAGGAUUGUCUGGAACAUUUGACCAGAGUGCACCGCACGUUGCGCAUGAAUCGUGGACAUGUCCUGCUCAUUGGCGUCGGUGGCAGUGGCAAAAAAUGUAUCACUCGGCUGGCCGCCUUCGCAGCAGAAUGUGAUGUCUUCGAAAUAACCAUAUCGCGCGGUUACAAUGAAGCCGCCUUCCGCGAGGAUCUCAAGGUCCUGUACACCAUAGCGGGUGUAAAGCGUAAGAAGGUUGUGUUCUUGUUCACGGGAGCACAGGUUGCGGAGGAGGGUUUCCUGGAGUUGAUAAACAACAUACUAACCGUUGGUCAAGUGCCAGCCUUAUUCCCUGACGAAGACAAGGAUGGCAUUGUUAACCAGGUGCGCAAGUUUGCCGAAGAGGAUGGAGUUUCGGCUUCCAAAGACGCGGUUUGGGGCUACUUCCUGCGCACCUGUGCUGAAAAUUUGCACGUGGUUCUUUGUAUGUCUCCAGCUGGCGAUGCCCUGCGCAAUCGAUGCCGCAACUUCCCGGGUCUCAUCGGCAGCACCUACAUCGACUGGGUGUUCCCAUGGCCCCGACAGGCGCUGUAUGCGGUAGCCAAGCUCUUCCUGACCGAGCACAGUCUGAUUCCGGCCGAACACAGAGAUGCCAUCGUAGAGCAUGUGGUCCAUGUGCACACCAGCAUACAGCAGUACUCGAAGGACUACCUGGCCAAACUGAGACGAAACAACUUUGUGACCCCAAAACACUAUCUGGACUAUAUCAACACUUACAGGGGAUUGUUGGAGGAAAAGGCCAAGUUCAUCACCCAGCAACGUUCCCGUCUCGGUGAAGGCAUCAAGAAAAUCGAGGAGGCUUCCGUGCAAAUCGACGAGCUGCGAAUUAUUGUCACGGAGCAGAAAAAGAACGUGGCAGUUGCCUCGGAGGAGUGCGAGGCCAUGUUGGUCACCAUCGAAUCAUCCACGCAGAAGGCAAACAUCAAGAAGGCCGAGGCAUCUGAGAAAUCCGUUGAGGUUGAGAUAAAGGGAAAACAAAUUGCCAUUGAAAAGGACGAGGCCGAGGAGAUCCUGGCAGAGGCGAUGCCGGCUCUCGAAGAAGCCAGGUUGGCUCUAUCCCAGCUCGAAAAGGCGCAGAUCACUGAAAUCCGAUCCUUCGCUACGCCCCCGGCAGCCGUGCAAGUGGUCUGCGAGUGUGUGGCUAUUCUGAAGGGCUACAAAGAAAUUAAUUGGAAGAGUGCCAAAGGAAUGAUGAGCGACGUGAACUUCCUGAAGAGCUUGAUGGAAAUGGAUUGUGAAGCCUUGACACAAAAGCAGAUAACCUCGUGCCGACAGCACAUGAAGACUGGAAACCUGGAGGACAUGGGCAAGAUCUCCAUUGCUGGCGCGGGAUUACUUAGAUUCGUCAGAGCUGUGUUGGGCUUCUUUGAUGUAUAUAAGGAAGUCAAGCCAAAGAAGGAACGCCUGGACUUCCUUGUGGAAGAGCAAGAGGUGCAGAUCAAGCUGCUCAAUCAUCUGAACUCCGAGAUCCAGAAGUUGGAGGAGAAACUGACACAAUUGAAUGAGAACUAUGCUACCUCCAUGAAACAGAUGCGUGCUCUCACCGAGAUGAUGCAGCAAGCGGAGCGUCGCCUAAUAGCGUCGGAUAAGCUAAUCAGUGGUUUGACUUCAGAGUUGAUCCGAUGGAGCAAGGAGAUGGCCAGUCUGGGUCAGCAGCUCAUCGACAGCGUGGGCGUGUGCCUGAUCAGUGCUUCGUUCUUGGCCUACACUGGCGCAUUUACUUGGGAGUUCCGUAAGGCAAUGGUCUUUGACGAUUGGCUGGAAGACAUUGUGUCAAUGGGAAUACCCAUACAGCUUCCUUUUAAGAUCGAUGGCUAUCUGACCACCGAUGUUGAGGUCUCACAAUGGAGUAACGAGGGUCUUCCUCCCGACGAGCUAUCUAUUCAGAACGGCAUUCUCACCAUGCGGGCAUCUCGUUUCCCGCUCUGCAUUGAUCCCCAGCUUCAGGCGCUGCAGUGGAUUCGGAAGAGAGAGUUCCGCAACAAUCUUAAAGUGCUCUCCUUCAGUGACUUUGACUUCCUCAAGCAGCUGGAGAUGUCCAUUAUGUACGGAACUCCAGUUCUCUUUGAGGAUGUGGACGAUUAUAUAGACCCGGUGAUCGACGACAUCCUGCAGAAGAACAUCCGCGUUCAGGGGGGUCGAAAGUUUGUUAUGCUUGGUGACAAAGAAGUGGACUGGGAUCCUGGCUUCCGAGUGUACUUAACUACCAAGUUCUCUAAUCCCAAGUUUGAUCCGGCUGUGUAUGCCAAGGCGCUCGUUAUUAACUACACGGUAACGCAAACUGGAUUGGAGGAUCAGCUGCUGAGCGUGGUGGUGGGCACAGAGCGACCGGAUCUGGAGGCUCAACGAGAAACCUUGAUUGCUCAGACCAGCGAAAACAAACAACUGCUACAGCAACUAGAAGACUCACUGCUGCGCGAGUUGUCCACCUCGACGGGUAACAUGCUGGACAAUGUGGAACUGAUAGAAACUCUGGAGAACACAAAGACCAAAGCGGGAGUUGUCAUGGAACAACUGAAGCUAGCGGCGGAUACCGCAGCGGACAUUGAAGUUCUGCGAAACGGAUACCGGCCGGCGGCCAAACGUGGAGCUGUACUUUUCUUUGCCCUUUCGGACAUGGCCACCGUUAAUAGCAUGUACCAAUACGCCCUAGCCGCCUACUUAGACGUCUUCGUAUACUCACUGCGAAAGGCCGUGCCGGAUGCUAGUCUUAACAAGCGACUUAAUAACAUCAUCAAGACGUUGACAGAAAAUGUCUACAGCUACGGCUGCACGGGAAUCUUCGAAAGGCACAAGCUACUGUUCUCCUUCCAGAUAGCCACCAAACUGGCCCAGCGGGAUGGCAUCUUGCUGCAGUCCGAGCUCGACUUCUUCAUCAAGGGCAGCAUUGCGCUGACCAAGAGCGAGCGCGCCAAUCCAUGCAAGUGGUUGAGUGAAAAGAGCUGGGAGGAUGUGCUCAAGUUGGCCUUCGAUUUCCCAGAGUCUUUCGGCACCCUGCCAGACCACUUUGGUCGUUUCCUGACCGAAUGGAAGGAGUGGUUCGACUUGGAGAAUCCUGAGGAGGUGGCAUGUCCGGGCGACUACAACAUCAAAUGCACUGCAUUCCAGAAAUUAAUGUUCCUUCGCUGCUUCCGCGUGGAUCGCAUCUUCCGUUGUAUAAAUCAAUAUAUAGUCGAAACGAUGGAUGAGUUCUAUAUUAUGCCACCGGUGGUGAGCUUUACUGCCAUAUUUGAACAGACCUCCAGCACGAUUCCUGUCUGUUUCAUCCUGAGUGCCGGCUCAGAUCCUACCAAUGAUCUUAUCAAACUGGCGGAUGCUAUCGUUGGCAUGUCCAACUUCUGUCACAUAUCCCUUGGACAGGGCCAGGAAAAGGCCGCCUUAAGAUUACUGGAUGGUGCCAUUAAACAAGGAAUGUGGCUUAUGUUGCAAAACGGACACCUGCUGAUUAGGUUCGUGCGUGAGCUGGAGAAGUAUCUGGAUCGCAUCGAGAAUCCGCAUCCGGACUUCAGGCUGUGGUUAACCACAGAUCCCACACCAACAUUCCCCAUUGGCAUUCUGCAGAAGUCCCUAAAGGUGGUCACUGAGCCACCCAACGGUCUCAAGCUGAAUCUGCGCUCCACGUACUUCAAAGUGCGUCAGGAGCGCCUCGAGAGCUGCCCGCAUCAAGCAUUCCGACCACUGGUCUAUGUGCUAGCCUUCUUCCAUGCCGUCGUCCAAGAACGUCGCAAGUACGACAAACUGGGCUGGAAUAUAGCAUACGAUUUCAACGACACCGAUUUCGAAGUGUGCACCGAAAUCCUGCGCACUUACCUUACGCGAUGUGGCACCGGAAAAAUACCCUGGAAUAGUUUGAAGUACCUAAUUGGCGAGGUGAUGUAUGGUGGACGGGUCAUCGAUGACUUUGACCGGCGCAUAACCAACACCUACAUGAAUGAGUACAUGGGCGACUUUCUGUUCGACGAGUUUAAGGUAUUCCACUUUUAUGAGGACGAAAACGUGGACUAUUGCCUGCCGGAAGAGGAGACCAUACUGAAGGAGGACUAUAUAGCGCACAUCGACAAACUGCCGCUGGUCAACAAGCCGGAUGUAUUUGGUUUGCAUCCGAACGCGGAAAUCGGUUAUUACACAAUGGCGGCACGCAACAUUUGGAACAGUUUGAUUGAGCUGCAGCCGCAGACUGGCGAGGGAACCGGAGGAAUCAGCCGCGACGACUUCAUCGACUCGGUGGCAGCCGGCAUACUGAAGAAACUACCUCCCGCCUUUGAGACGUGGCGCAUACGCAAACAGAUCCAGAUGAGCCUGUCACCCACCGGUGUGGUCCUUCUACAGGAGCUGGACCGCUUUAAUCUGCUGGUCGUGCGGAUCAAGAAGACGUUGGAGCUGCUGCGCAAGGCCAUUGCCGGCGAAAUCGGCAUGGACAAUGUGCUGGACAACAUUGCCAACUCGUUGUUCAAUGGCCUCCUGCCAGCCGCGUGGAGCAAGUUGGCGCCGGCGACAUGCAAACAGUUGGCCAGCUGGCUGGAGCAUCUGCGGCUCCGGGCCGUGCAAUACAAAUACUGGACGCUUUCAGGAGAGCCCCUGGUCAUGUGGUUGUCGGGGCUGCAUAUACCACAGAGUUAUCUCACGGCCCUGGUGCAGAUUGCCUGUCGCCGCAACGCCUGGCCGCUGGAUCGUUCCACGCUUUUCACCUACGUAACCAAGUUUGCGGACCCCGACGAUGUGGAGGAGCGUCCUGUGACGGGCUGCCUUGUGCACGGUCUGUACAUCGAGGGCGGGCGCUUUGACAUGGCCACUAAUCAGCUGGCGCGUUCUCAUCCCAAGGUUCUGGUCGAGGAGUUAGCCAUUCUCGCCGUGGAGCCCAUCGAGGCGCACCGUCUCAAGCUGCAGAAUACUUACCUUGCCCCGGUUUAUACGACAUCGCUGCGCAGGAAUGCCAUGGGUGUGGGUCUGGUCUUUGAGGCAAACUUGGCCACUUCGGAAGAUCUGAGUCACUGGAUUCUUCAGGGCGUCUGCCUAACCCUCAAUACAGAUACCUAAAACUUUUCAUUUAGUUAAAGACUGAACAUUAAUGGGUAUUAUUUAUUCGUUAUUGAAAUAUUUGUACCAGUACUUCCAGUAACCCAGUAGUAAUUUGUUUACAUCAAAGUUAAAAAUAAAAAUUGUAUAUUAAAAAUUAAA